AUGAAGCAAAGCAACCUUAUCCUACCAGAGGCCAGCUGCCCCGUGCGGGCGCAGAACGACACGGAGCCCAUCGUGCUGGAGGGCAAGUGCCUGGUGGUGUGCGACUCCAGCCCGUCGGCCGACGGCGCCGUCACCUCCUCCCUGGGCAUCUCCGUGCGCUCCGGCAGCGCCAAGGUGGCCUUCUCCGCCACGCGGAGCACCAACCACGAGCCGUCCGAGAUGAGCAACCGCACCAUGACCAUCUACUUCGACCAGGUGUUAGUAAAUAUUGGCAACCAUUUCGAUCUUGCCUCCAGUAUCUUCGUAGCCCCCAGAAAAGGGAUUUAUAGUUUCAGCUUCCACGUGGUCAAAGUGUACAACAGACAAACCAUCCAGGUCAGCCUCAUGCAGAACGGCUACCCAGUGAUCUCAGCAUUUGCAGGAGACCAGGAUGUCACCAGAGAAGCCGCCAGCAACGGGGUUCUGCUUCUCAUGGAAAGGGAAGACAAAGUGCAUCUCAAACUGGAGAGGGGCAAUCUCAUGGGGGGCUGGAAAUACUCCACCUUCUCUGGCUUCUUGGUUUUUCCUCUAUAAACGCAGAGCCCCACUGGGACAGUGGGGAAGCUUCUGGACCCAGGAAUCCAAUGCUUCUGGACCCAGGAAUCCAAUGCGAGAACACCCUGAACUUGCCAGAAUGUGACACUUGUUCCCGACCUCCUGUCAGACUGUCACCGUAGAAGAACGACUUCUUUCUCAAUCUCCUGUACUUUCUUUGAAUAUUGACAAUUCCUCGGGAACCUGGCCUCUAAUUAGUUUUAGAUGACAAGGUCUUAAGGAGAAAUGAAAUUAUCAAUUUGAGCAAUUUGUACCUGUGAUUGUGAAGUCAAUACCAGAUCUUGUUGUUGGGACCACUGCCUUCUCCUCUUUUGUUUGUGCGUUUUGUGUUGUACUGAAGCCGGGAGCACGGCUGCCCCAGGAUGCGCUGGACGGCAGGCUGCAACCAACCCCCCGCCGGAUCUGUCCUCCAAGUGCGUGCCGGGAGUGUCUGCAGAGCCUUAAGAAAAAGGAUGGCUUCACUUUCAACCUGUAUUUUUUACAGGUGGAUGGGAGGACUCAGGAGGGGGCUGGGAACAUUGUGAACUUGUCAAGAAGUGCUUUAUCCAGAGAAGCAGAUUUUGCACGAUUGGACUGCGACUUUUGUUUUGUAUUGUUUGUGUUUUCUUUUUUUCUCAAAAAGCUUUACUUUCCUUUCCAAACUCAGCUCUCCCCCUAAGCCCCCACUGUUACUUUUUGUGCUGAGGGUAGAAAAACGUAUGUCAAAUUCAUGGAUGCGACUAAACCCAACCCAACAAAACAUACCUGUAUAUUUUGUUUUGGGUGAGACCAAACCAAACAAACAAAAAAUACCUGUAUAUCAAGACAAAAAUAACAGAUGGACCUGUUUAUUCUUUCAAAAUGAUUCUCUUCAAAUGAGUAUUUAGAACUAGCAGCCUGGAAUUUUUUUCUAUUUACAAUCCAGAAUACUUUAAGAGUCUGGCAUUUCUGAGUGGGCCUGAAUCAUGUAACGUGGGCUUGGAAGCUCUAAUGCCCCAAUGCCCAACCCCCUAAUCACCCUGUUUCUUUGCUGAAGGUGCCUGGUGACUUCUGAGCAGUUUGUUUCCAUUUGUGGGGACCCACCUCCGAGUGAGCACAUUGAUCAGGUCCUUCAAAAGGGGUUGGACUGGCUCCUCUCUCUGUGGAGUCCUCUUUUGAUGUGCCAAGGAAAGAGCCAAGGAAAGGGGUGCCUUCACACUGCCCCGCAUGUCCUGGCGGGAAGCCGCUCGGAAGUCACAGCCGUUACAGGUACCCUAGGAGCAGCUUUACAACUUGAUUUGACAACCUUCUAUGAUGUUACCAAGUUACAGCUCAGAGUUAACGGGUGCAGGAUUCAUACGCCAAGGAAAUGUCACUCAAUCCCAAAGCAAUUCAAGAUGAGACCUCAAACUGGGUGUUCAUUUGUCCUUUGUGUAACAAUGUAACCAAAAUAUUGAUGAUAAAAAUCCUAAUUUCAGAUUCGGAAUAAAUGGGUUUGAUGUC